CAGUUUUCUAAAGGAGCCCUUGCAUGCGGUGGAGCCUAAGGUUGCGUUGGCCCAGGGACAAGAGCAUCUCUUUGAGCAAAGGCCAGAUGAUGACAACCUCCUCGCCACCAUCUGAUCUGCCUUAUGCUCUUCACAGAAAACCUAAAGACAAGGCGGACACCCCACUAAGGGUGAAACAUCCAGGAACCUUUAGUAUUCGUGAUCCUCAACAGAUGGUGUGGGUGCUGGAGGGAGAGUCUUUAAUCGCAGUUCCUUCUAGCAAAAAAGUCAAACCUGCUACAGUUUUCUCAGUGCCAUGCACAGACCCGGACAUCUCUAAUGAAAAAGGCAGUCCGAUAUACCUGGGAGUCAAGGAAGAUCUCUGUCUGUUCUGUGCAGAAAUUGAGGGCCGGCCUGCUUUGCAGCUUAAGAAGGAAAGCUUAAUGAAACUAUACGAGGAGAAGAAGGCGCAGAAGUCCUUUCUCUUUCUGCGUGGCAUAGAGGGCUCCACCUCCACCUUCCAGUCCGUCGCCUGCCUCGGCUGGUUCAUCGCCACUUCCUCGCAGGCGGGGCAGCCUGUCACCCUCACCAACGACAGGGGCAAAACUUACAACACCAACUUCUAUUUCAGUUCUUUGUAGCCUGGGCUGUGGGUGGCUGAUUCUGGGACAGAGAACCUCUAGGUCAUGGUCCACCUCACCCCUGUCAGAAUGGCUAUCCUCAAC